AUGUUCAGAGACAGAACCAAUCUUUUCCUCUCGUACCGGCGGACCAUAUCCCGGCCAAAAAAAGCCACAGGAUCUCGAGUGGUUGCCUUGGCUGAAGAGGAAGAAGGCCUUAUGGGCUCUAGGGCUCCCAGAAAAGGGAAACGCUAUAAGGACAAUGCUUCAGAGGAAGCCAUUGAGAUGAAACCAAUUGCGCCAUCUAUCUUCGAUAUCUCGAGUCUGCUUGAUGAGCGGUUAGGCCUGAUCAAACAAAAAACUCACGAGCUCAGCCUGUUGUACAAGAAGUUGUUGAUUACGCGAGACACGGAAAAGCUGAAGCUCGAGCUGCGGAUCGAAGAUUUGAACUACAGCAUCACCAAAAUGUUUGAGGAAUGCUAUGUGCUGAUCAAGAAGUUUGAGUUUCUUCAGAAAAACUACGAACGUUUGCGCUUAGACUAUGGAGCAGACGAACUUGCCAUCAUUGAAAACUACAAAAAGACGUACGCCUUGAAGAUCCAGGACAGCCUGGUGGUGUUCCGUAACUUGCAAAACAACUACAUCAAGUUUUUGAAAGAUGACGACGAUGAAGAAACCGACAAGUUGCUAAUGUCGGCAACUCCGAGCUCUGUGGCUCUAAUGGAAGAUACACAAAACAUUGAAGAGUACUCGAAACAGGCACUAGAACAAGCACAAGAGCAAAUACAGCAGAACCCAAACUCCCAGCUUAUAGCGCAACGUGAGCGCGAGAUUUCUAAAUUGGCAAUGGGUAUUUUGGAGAUUUCCACCAUUUUCAAGGAGAUGGAAACGCUUGUGGUGGACCAAGGUAGUAUGUUGGACCGCAUCGAUUACAAUCUCACGCGUACGGUGGAAGACUUGAAAUCUUCAGACAAGGAGUUAAUCAAAGCCCAGGGCUACCAGAAGCGUACGACAAAGUGCAAAAUCAUCUUUUUGUUAUGUCUUAUUGUGCUUGCUUUAUUCAUUCUCGUGGUGGCGAGACCUCAUGGGUCUACAACAGUAGAAAAGACCAAAGGUGGGAAUGAAAACGACAACACAGACACCAAGACCGAAGACACUACAACUGGAGAUACAGAGAUUGGAGUUGACGAGGCACUUUUGGGUGGCCCCGAAGAGAAGGCUGGUCCUCUCCUACAUGUGUUACUUUGA